CGGUUCGUCUGCCUUGUGCUGUCUGACCUUGCUUAGAGCUUACCUUUGGGGAUCGAGUUCACGUCACUGUCGUUUCCAAUACACUGCUGGGAUCCCAUUACAGAAGCCGUCAAUGUAGAAAAAUAGAAACACACAUGUACACGAAAAUACAUACUGCUAUAUAUACAUGCAUAUAAAUAUUUAUAUACACACAGGCAAACAUAUAUGCAAACAUGUACAGUAGUGAAGAAGAUUGACAUAUACAGAAAAAGAAAGGAAAAAAAAAAAGCAAGCAGAUAAUAACGAAGGUGAUGUUCUCAUCAAGACAAUACCCAGUUUGUUACCAAUCCUAUUACCAUGAAGAGGGACAAGCCCCUAAUUUCCAGCACGGUUGACUUCCAAGGAGAAGACCUGAAAUGGGGUGGGAGCCAGUCAAUUGCAUCUAUCCCAGUACUCGACUGCUAUUGGUUUAUCAACCCUAAAAGGAUGCAAAGCAAAAUCGACCUUGGUGGAAUUUGAACUCAGAAUGUAAAGGAAAUACUUCAGCUGAAGAAAUGGUACAACUAAUGAAGCCAACUGUUUCAAAAGAACAUGUUCCCCUCCUCUUUCACGAACCACAUGUUUUGUCUGGUUUCCGACACAUCCACCAACCAUGGACCUACUACUUUCUCAGCUUAUUUCAAAUACAUAACGAAUGUCUCAACUCAUGGACUCAUCUCAUCGCAAUGCUCCUUGUCAUCAAGAAAAUGAUGACAUUCUCCAAGGAAUUCAGCCUAAUCACUGACCCUUACAUGUGGCCUUUGACCUCAGGUAUUCUAAGUAUUGUCAUUUUAUAUCUCUGCAGCAGCUUGGCUCAUUGCCUGCAAUCACGUUCUGAACUUGCCCAUUACACAUGUUUCAUGUUUGAUUAUGCUGGAAUUGGUCUCUAUGGAAUUGGCAGUAUUAUUCUUCAUUACAACUACUGCAUGCUUCCGUCUUUUGACAUCGGAAUUUUGCAGAGCUGGAUCAUUCCUGUUGGAGUGUUGCUUGGUGUAGGCGUGUGUCUCUGUUGCAGUAUUUCAAAAGUGCGGUACAAACGACCUUACCCAUUUAUUCGAAAGGUCUGGCAACUGGGUUCUGUUGGCGGAAUCUAUGCAUUGCUUAUUUUACCAAUCGCACAUCGUGUUUUAUUAAUGAUUUUGACAUCGGAGUGGGACAAAGGCCUCCCACAUCACAUAGAACAAAUGAUCUGGUUUAUAAUGGCUGGGUUCUUCUUUGGUUCAGACAUUCCACAACGUUUCUUCCCUGGAAAAUUCGACUUUUUGGGACACAGUCACCAGUUGUUUCAUAUUUGUAUCAUGAUGGUCUCAUGGAAGCAGCUGGAUGGUAUUUAUGAAGAUAUAGUAGCAUGGAAGACAUUAUUGUAUGAGAAAGACCCUCCAACAUUUUCUAGCACAUUUGGGGCGAUAUUUUUGACAAUCUUUAUAAAUUUAAUUGUUGUUGUUAUAUUCACGGAAAGCGCAAAACAAUUCAUUGAUCAAGGGAAACCCCGUGAGAUAAAAAUAGACCUUAUCUCGGUGAAGAAAAGAAAAUAACUUGUAGAAAUUUUUCCAAAUAUUUAAAAUAAAUGUAUGCAGAUGUGAUAAGAGGAAGAAAAAAAGUAGAA